GAGCCGGAGUGGGGAGGGGCCAAGAAAGGGGCGGAAGUGCAAACAAGAGCUCGGUGCGAGAGGGCUUCGGCUUGGAGUUUGCCCUCUUUCGCGCACACGCCAGUCGGUCGGAGCGCUUGCGGUCUUGCGCGCCUCUCCAGCCUCCGCUUUGGAAAUUGUUCCCCUGAGAAUUACUGCAGAAGACCAUGAAUAACUACAGUGUUUCACUGGUGGGUCCAGCUCCUUGGGGAUUCAGGCUCCAAGGUGGGAAGGACUUCAACAUGCCUCUCACUAUCUCUCGGUUGAGCGAUGGAGGCAAAGCAGCUAAUGCAAACGUCGGAAUAGGUGAUGUGGUCCUUAGCAUUGAUGGGAUAAGUGCGGAAGGUAUGACUCAUCUGGAAGCACAAAACAGAAUAAAGACCUGCUCGGGUAAUCUGGUUAUGAAUCUGCAAAGACCACCUGCAGCUCCAAAACCAGAUCCAAUUCCUGUGCAGCAGGUAGAGCCUAAGGACCUAGUUAAGCCUGUGCCCAUUGCAUCUUCAGCUGUGCCCAAAGUUUCAUCCACAACCAGCAUGGCCUUCAAUAAGGCCCCCAGGCCCUUUGGAGCUGUGUCCUCCUCCAAGGUCACUUCCAUCCCAUCACCGUCAUCUGCCUUCACACCAGCCAGUGCCAGUCUUCCAUUACAUGCUUCUCCUACACCUCUGGCCACUGUCACACCUCCCCCAUUCACUGCCUCAGGAGCGCAUGCUAAUGUCAAAGCUAAUGCUGACCAGCGUUGCCCUGUGUUGAGUGCUGCAAAGCCUAUUGUUAAUACCCCAUGGCAAUCUCCACACAAUGCACCGUUCAACGAAAGGGCUCCAGAGGUGACAGAGGGGCAGCGAAGUGGAUCAAGAGAGAACCAGGGUGACAGUAAACAGCAAAACGGUAACCCUGAUGAGGUGAAAAACCCACCUAAACGUCCACCACGGAAACACGUCGUGUACAGAAAUACAGAUUUUUUCCAUCCACCGGUUCAUAGCAACAACAGCAAGAAGAGACUGAUUGAAGAUACUGAGGACUGGCACCCAAGAACUGGAACUACUCAGUCACGUUCUUUCCGGAUCCUUCAACAGAUCACAGGCACUGAACGUAUGAAAGAACCAGAAUCAGACAAUCUAAAGAAGACAAAGGAAAGUCAAACAGAGAAUGGAGAUCUGAGAAAUAUAAUGAAUGGACUAGAAGCUCAGCACUCCCAUUCUGAAGCUACUCAGAUCUGCGAAAUACCUGAGGAAUUUCAACAAUCAGCACCACCACCACCACCACUACCACAGCCUCAAAGGGCAGAAGCAAAUUCAACUAGUUCUGUGACCAUAGAACCAGCUCUUACUACCAUUUCUUCUACCACACUAUCUGGACCUAAUCUCUCUCCAUCUUUCAGGAGAGAACUUUUUCUCAACAAUCCUCUGGAAGCCUUACCCAAGUGUGCACCUCAUCCACCUGUGACCAUCCAUAUUCUGAGUAUUAACAGUCAAGUAGCCACUGUGUCUAAAACAACAUCAGCUAUUGCUAGGUCAAGAAGACUAAAAACUGGGUGUUAUGAAUUGAUUGCCCCAGUUUCAAAAUUGGGGACAAAUGAAGCUGAUCAUAAAAAGAACGUACCCAUGAUGAAUACUGUGGGAACUCAGACCUUUGAACCACUAGUACUUUCUCUUGCUUCUGUGGAAUCUACUUCAACAGCCCAGCCUGAGAAAUCUACAUUGGAGCCUCCAUUUCCUGGCAGGAAAUUGAUAUUGGAAAAUCCGUUGGGAAGUUAUUUAACAUAUCCUCAAAUGCCCUUCACUUCAGUUCCAGUGGAGGCAACAAUGCAUAUUAGGAAUAGUGCUGCUGCCGCUGUGUCUGCUGCUGUGUCAAUGCGUUCCAGACUCCCAGAUCAUAGUAGCUAUCGUUCUCUCUUGGAUGCUCUUCUCAUUACUCCUAUUAUUAAGCCCCCACUUCUGGAAAGCACAAGGCCAUCAAGGAAAUCUACAAGUGUUCUGGAGAUGCAAAGGAAGUGGAGCAGCGAUUCUUUGGAACCCACACAAUUUGCUACUUGUACAGCUGCUGCUGUAAGAAACGUGCCUGAAAACCCAGAAAAUGGCGCCAGUAGGCCUAUUUCAGCUGCUUCUGGCACAGGAUUCAAGCCCUCAGGACCUCAAUAUGCUGAGAAAACCUCUGGCUGGGAAUCUUCUAAGCAAUCAGCGGGAAGUGGAUGGAUUUCCAACAAUAAUGCAACAUCUGGUGAGAAAACAACAGCCACACUUCUGCAAACUAAUGAAGGUACUUUGGUUCAGAGAGCAGAGCAUAUUCCAGCAGGCAAGCGGACUCCAAUGUGUGCUCAUUGCAAUCAAGUUAUCAGAGGGCCCUUCCUUGUAGCAUUGGGAAAAUCCUGGCACCCCGAAGAGUUCAAUUGUGCUCAUUGCAAAACUUCCAUGGCUUAUAUUGGUUUUGUGGAAGAGAAGGGAGAACUCUACUGCGAGGUUUGCUAUGAGAAGUUCUUUGCCCCAGAUUGUGCCCGAUGCCAGAGGAAGAUACUUGGAGAAGUAAUAAAUGCUUUGAAACAAACCUGGCAUGUCUCCUGCUUUGUGUGUGUGGCCUGUCACAAGCCAAUUCGCAACAAUAUUUUCCAUUUGGAAGAUGGUGACCCUUAUUGUGAGACAGAUUAUUAUGCAUUAUUUGGUUCCAUGUGCCAUGGAUGUGAAUUCCCUAUUGAAGCUGGGGACAGGUUUCUGGAAGCCUUGGGCCAUACUUGGCAUGAUACCUGUUUUGUGUGCUCAGUAUGCUGUGAAAGUUUGGAGGGCCAGACUUUCUUCUCCAAGAAGGACAAGCCUCUAUGUAAGAAACAUGCUCACUCAGUGAACAUCUGAAAAAUUAAAAAUUACUCAAAUAGAGAAGAAGAAAAGAAGAUGGUUGGGUAUUGGCCUUCAAGAUGUAUUUAUACAAACUUUAAAUUUGUAGAAGCAAUGACAUGGGAAGGAAUAAGGUUUAUGACUUCACAUGAAACAGAAAGGAGCAUAACUAAUUAGCUUUGGCCUCAGAGCUUUUGGUUGUGUUUCAGUUAUGAAACUGAAAUUUUCAAUUCAGAAUUAAUUUGGAAGGCAUCAGGUUGGAAAUAACUAAAUUAAAGUAUAUAAUAAAAUAUUGAAGCUAAAUGUUUGUUAUUAAUGAGAGUAAAUCUAAAAAAAAGUGGAUGUUGCUGAUUGGUUUUUAUAAUCAAGUAAUAUUUUGCCUUAAUCCAAUAUUUUGUGGUAAAUUUUGCAUUAUUAUUUAAAUACUGUAAGUGAUAUGCAGCUUCUUGGAUACUGCAAGAAAGUAAAGAGGGUGAUGCAAGAACUGUGGUACUUAACAAAUCUAGAAUUGGGUUUGUAGCUGCUUUUCAGGUAGGGACAAACAUUUUGUUUAAUUGAUCAGUUCAGGUAGAAUCAAGCUCUUUAUCAAAGAAACAUUUGUCAGUGAACUGAAAAGAAAAGUCUUCAUUAUCUUUCCUCUGGCUUUAGACAUCUUUGCAUGUCCAAUUCUGCUAGUAGGGUUUCCAAUCCCUUUUGAAGGCAGAACUCUUAUAAUUGUAUUCUGCUGAAAGAACUGUUAGAUAUUUAGAUUUUCCAAAAUAAAGCUAACAACUAUUGGCACAAAAGGGAGCAUUAAUGUUUUUUAGAGAAUUUGAAACAGUUAUGUGUCCACAUAGUUCCUUUAAUUCCCAUGGGGAAUACAAUUUGUCUUUUGCCUUCAUAAAAAAGUUAAAUAAACUUCAUCCAUCAAUGAUGAAAAGUUCUGUAAGUGUUCAAGAAGAAUAUGUGCAUUAUUUUGAAAAACAGCAGAUAUUAAAAGGAGUCUAAGUAGUACACAUAGAUAGGAUUGAGUCAAGCUCUUGAUUACAUAAAAUAAGUCUAUAACUUAUCAUUUACAUUGUGUGCACAUAGCACUUAUUUUAUUGCUGUAACAUACAGAAAAGGGUAGGGGAUUUUAAUUCUAGCUUUCUUAGGCAUAGUAAGUACUGAGAUUUUUAUUUUCUUUUAUGGUUUUGCCAUCAGCUGCUUUUAUCAUAUGUAUAUAAAAUACAUACUGAAUUAUGUUGAAUUUCCAUGCUUGUUUGCUUCUAUACAUGUGUGUGCAUGUGUGUGUGUGUAAGUGUAUUAACUAACUCUUCGUCCUGUAUAUCUCAGCUCCUCUUUUGAUAACAUUAGGAAGAAGA